AUGGCCUCGGGAAACCGUAGUUUGAGUAGGAUAGAAGCAUGGACCGCGGAACAUGGACUCGAAUUAGCUCCAGAGAAAACCGAGGCUAUCAUUGUAAAAGGUCCCAAAAAGAGAGAAGGUAUCCACUUUGUAGUCGGAAAUGUGGAUAUUCGACCAAAAAAAUAUGUUAAAUACCUGGGGGUGUGGUUGGAUGACAGGCGUAUAAGCAAUGAACAUAUCAAGAAAAUUUGCGAGAAGGCCGACAGGCAAGUAGCAGCCCUUACCAAGAUCCUGCCAAAUACAAGAAGGCCGGGAGCACAAAAGAGAAAAAUAUUAUACGGCGUAGUUCAAUCUGUGCUGCUGUACGCGGCACCAGUAUGGGGACAGGUGAUUCGAAUCGAUAGAUACAGAAACAUGCUGAUAUCCAUGCAGAGGAAAAUGCUGCUACGAGCCGUGAUGGCGUAUAGGACUGUUUCUGCCGAGGCGCUAUGUGUAAUCGCGGCUAUACCGCCAAUAGACCUAAAGGUGAAGGAAAGUAUGAGAUUAUACGAUUUACCAGAGGUGGAUAGCAGGAAGUGGAAACAGGAACAAGAGGUAACCUUGGAUCUGGUGGCAAGACAGAUGGGACCAACAUAG